ACGCUCGCUUUCAAACACACAAGCUAACGAUAAUGUUCACGAUUCUUGAACAUUUCACAAUGCGGAGGAAUAUAACAGGGUUUUAAAUUUUACUGUGCGGCUUGGGAAUUCUAUAUAUUUUUUUUUAACGGUUUUGACUUUUUAAGCACGCCGUUGGACUGGGUGAAACACCUGUCCGGGCGCCCUCGGGUCAUUAUUUACAGGAGAUAGGCUAACGAUAUCACUACUCAGCAGUCAUUUUUCGAGGAGGGGGAGGAGGAGGCUAGCGUGUUUCCCAUGGCUACACCAAGCUUUCAUAGGAGGGGGUUAUUUGCAUUCCUAACCAGCCGGUGGUGACACACUAAUGGUUACUUCGCUAUCAUCUUAAAAAACAAACAAACUGGCAGCUGUUAAAGCCCGACAUUUCAAACGGCUGCCCGGGAAAAUGGUAGAGAUAGCCGGGGCUGGGAGGACAGAUCAGCUCCAGGAGUCGUGACGUCGCCCUGGAGGUGCAGCUCUAACAUGAGGAGGACCGUUGCCUGUAACCCUGCCCAGACCGGAGGCUGCUGGUAGGGAUGGUGCCGCUGUGAAGAAGCCCGGAGGGGGUGGACGUUUCGGAGGACAUGCCUGUGGUCGGGGGAAGAGGGAGGAAGUGCCCGGACAACAUGACUGUUUUCAGCCAGGAAAACGUCGAGGAGUUUUAUGAAAUUGGAGACGAGCUGGGGAGCGGUCAGUUUGCUGUGGUCAGAAGAUGCCGGCACAGGAGUACAGGUGUGGAGUACGCCGCCAAAUUCAUCAAGAAGCGACGCAGCAAGUCAAGUCGACGAGGGGUGACGAGGGAGGACAUCGAGCGCGAGGUGAACAUCCUCAAGGAGAUCCAGCACCCCAACAUCAUCACGCUCCAUGAGGUCUUUGAAAACAAGGCAGAGGUCAUCCUGAUCCUGGAGCUUGUGGCCGGCGGUGAGCUCUUCGACUUCCUGGCAGAGAAGGAGUCGCUGAGCGAGGAGGAAGCCACUCAGUUCCUCAAGCAGAUCUUGGACGGAGUCUUCUACCUGCACUGCAAACAAAUCGCUCACUUUGACCUUAAGCCGGAGAACAUCAUGCUGCUGAACCGCUCAGUGCCUCACCCUCGCAUAAAGAUAAUUGACUUUGGACUGGCCCACAAGAUUGAUUUUGGCAAUGAUUUUAAAAACAUUUUUGGAACUCCAGAAUUUGUUGCUCCAGAAGUAGUCAACUAUGAACCUUUGGGCUUAGAGGCAGACAUGUGGAGUGUCGGUGUGAUAACCUACAUCCUUCUGAGUGGGGCCUCUCCCUUCCUGGGUGACAACAAGCAGGAGACUCUGGCUAACGUGUCGGCCGUGGACUAUACGUUUGACGAGGAGUUCUUCAGCAACACCAGCGUCCUGGCCAAAGACUUCAUAGCAAGGCUGCUUGUCAAAGACCCAAAAAAGAGAAUGACAAUUCAGGACAGCCUCCAGCACCCCUGGAUCAAGCCAAAAGACACUCAACAAGCACUGAGCAGAAAGGAGUCAGCUGUCAACAUGGAGAAGUUCAAGAAGUUUGCAGCCCGAAGAAAAUGGAAGCAAUCCGUCCGACUUAUCUCCUUAUGCAACCGUCUGUCCCGCUCCUUCCUGUCCAGAAGCAACAUAAGUGUGGCACGCAGUGAUGACACGUUGGAUGAGGAAGACUCUUUUGUAAUGAAGGCCAUCAUCCACGCCAUAAACGAUGACAACGUCCCUGGUCUGCAGCACCUGCUCGGCUCCUUGAACAGUUAUGAUGUCAACCAGCCCAACAAGCACGGGACUCCUCCCCUCCUGAUUGCAGCCGGCUGUGGCAACAUUCAGAUCAUUGAAGUGCUGAUGAGAAAGGGUGCGGAGAUCCAGACCCAUGACAAGAGUGGAGCCAACGCUAUCUACUAUGCAGCGAGACAUGGCCAUGUGGAGACCCUGAAAUUCCUCCAUGAAAAGAAAUGCCCUCUGGAUGUCCAAGAUAAGUCCGGGGAGACUGCUCUUCAUGUGGCGGCUCGUUACGGCAACGUGGAUGUGGUGAGCUACCUGUGCAGCAUCAGGGCCAACCCAGACCUAGCCGACAGGGAGCAGGAGACUCCACUGCAUUGUGCUGCGUGGCACGGAUACUCUCCAGUAGCACGAGCACUCUGCCAGGCAGGCUGCCAUGUGGACGCAAAGAACCGCGAGGGAGAGAGUCCACUGUUGACGGCAUCUGCUCGGGGCUUUGUGGACAUCGUUGAGUGCCUGGUGGAGCACAGGGCCGAUCUAGAAGCAACUGACAAGGACGGCCACACAGCCCUCCACCUGGCCGUGCGGAGGUGUCAGGUGGAGGUGGUACGCUGCCUCCUCAGACACCACUGCCACCUGGAUCAGCAGGAUCGCCAUGGUAACACACCGCUCCACAUUGCCUGCAAAGACGGAAACCUGCCUGUUGUCACGGCGAUCUGCAGCGCCAAAGCCAGCCUCGACCUCCCAAACAAGUAUGGCAGAACUCCACUCCACCUGGCUGCUAACAACGGGAGCCUUGAGGUGGUCCGUCACCUCUGCCUGCAUGGAGCGAACAUUGACGCCGUCACCAAUGAUGGGAAGACAGCAGAGGAUUUGGCUUAUGCUGAUCAACAUGAACUCAUCGUCGCGUUGUUGGGCAAGCUUAAAAAGGACAAUCACAAACUGAGCUACAUCCAGCAGCUGCGGCCAACUCAGACUGUCCAGCCCAGGAUCAAGCUGAAGCUGUUUGGACACACUGGAGCUGGAAAGAGCAGCCUGCUGGAGUCUCUGAAAUGUGGCAUCCUGCGCAGCUUCUUCAGGAGGAGGAGGACGACACGCAUGACCAACACGGCCCGCCACCCCAACUCCCCCAUCAACUCCAAACCCCCUGUGUCAGUGAGCAUUUCCAACUUGUACCCGGGCUGUGAGAAUGUGAGCGUGCGGAGUCGGAGCAUGAUGUUUGAACCCAGCCUGACCAAAGGUGUCCUUGAGGUGUUCUCGCCCGUCCACAACGCCCUCUCCACAGCUGACGAGCAGGCCACAAAGGCCAUCGACAUCCAGCAUGCCAACAUUCACGGUGUUGGAGAUUUCAGCGUGUGGGAGUUUUCGGGGAACCCAGUUUAUUACUGCUCCUACGACUACUUUGCAGCCAAUGACGCCACAGCGAUCCACCUGGUUCUGUUCAGCCUGGAGGAGCCGUACGAGACCCAGCUCAGCCACAUCACCUACUGGCUGAACCUCCUGAAAGCCCUCACCCUGCCACAGGACAACAUCGCUUUUGGAGGUCGGAUUCAGCAACCUCUGAUUGUUGUCCUCGUGGCGACACACGCUGACCUCGCUGACCUCCCCAGAGCUUUCUCCGGAGAGUUCAGCUACGAUAAGGAGAAAGUGCUGCUCAAGGAAGUCAGGAACAGGUUUGGGCUCGACCUGCAAAUCAGUGACAAAGUGUUUGUGAUGGAUGCUGGAGCCUCAAACUCCAGAGACGUGAAGCUGCUGAGGAGUCACCUGCAGGAACUCCGCGCCAACAUCAUCUCUAGUUGUAGUCCCAUGACGCUGCUGUCGGAGCGUUUGCUGACCACCCUGCCGGCCUGGAGGAAACUGAGUGGACCCAACCAGCUGACAUCGUGGCAGCAGUUUGUCAGCGACGUCCAGGAGCACAUCAACCCUCUGGUCAGCCAGGAUCACCUCCGCUCGCUGGCCCUGCAGCUCCACAGCAUGGGGGAGAUCAACAUCAUGCAGAGUGAGACAGUGCAGGAUGUUGUUCUGCUUGAGCCUCGUUGGCUCUGCAGCAAUGUCCUCGGAAAGCUGCUCUCCGUGGAGACGCCGAAGGCCAUCCACCACUACAGGGGGCGCUACAGGACAGAGGAGGUGCAGGCUCUGGCUCCUGAAAGCGACGUGGAUGAGCUGCUGCAGAUCCUGGACGCCAUGGACGUCUGUGCCCGUGAUGCCACCAACCCCUCCAUGGUAGAUGUUCCUGCCCUCAUCAAGACAAACGGCCUCCACCGCUCCUGGACCGAGGAGGAGGAAGAGGAGUUGCUGCUCUACGGCGGGGUACGACUUGUCCCUGCGGAGCACCUUACCCCCUUCCCCUGUGGCCUGUUUCACAAACUGCAAGUGAACCUGUGUCGCUGGAGCCACCAGCACAAGCCCGAGGAGGAGAAUGGGGAUGAUUUUGAUGGAGAUAUCCACCUGUGGACCAACGGAGCCAAGGUGAGCCAGGCAGGCGUCGAGGCUAUGAUCCUGCUGGUCAACCACGGCCAGGGGGUGGAGAUUCAGGUGCGUGGGCACGACUCAGAACGGGCCAAGUGCUACACCCUGUUGGACACCAUCUGUAGUAUAACAGAGAACCUGCUGGCCUCCACACUCCCCGGACUGCUCACAGCCAAAUAUUACUUGAGUCCUCAGCAGCUGCGGGAACACCACGCCCCCAUCAUGAUCUACCAACCUAAAGAUUUCUUCCGGGCCCAGGUCCAGAGGGAAUCCUCACUCACUAAUACCAUGGGCGGCUACCGAGAGAGCUUCAGCAGCAUCCUGUCUUUUGGCUGCGCUGAAGUUUACCAGCAGGGGACUCUGGGGAAAGACAUCCACAUAUCAGAUGUCCCCCUUCUGGCUCGCAGGAAACUCUGCCGCAUGCUGGACCCCCCUGACGCUCUGGGGAAAGACUGGUGCCUACUAGCCAUGAACCUCGGCCUCACGGAAUUGGUGGCAAAACACAGCAACGGGACUCCCAACGGCACACCUCAGCUGAACACGGACCCAGACUCGCAGCAGGCCGCGCUGCAGCCCAGCCCAACAGCGGCGCUGCUGCAGGAGUGGAGCGGGCGAGCUGACAGCACAGUGGGUGUGCUGAUGGCCAAACUGAGGGAGCUCGGCCGCCGAGACGCCGCCGACUUCCUGCUCAAAGCUUCUCCUGUUUUCAGGGUCAACAUGGAAGCGCUGGUAGGGGCUGCCAAUGGCUACCCCCCCACCUGCAACGGUGGCACAUCGUAUAACUCCAUCAGCUCCGUCAUAUCCCGCUGAACAGAACGAGUUCGGCUUUCUGUCGUCGCCAACCACCACCUAGAUGUGACAUUUCCCCUGAAACAGGACAGUCACAGACUUGUGUGUGAAUGAACAUGAAGUGCAAUCGUUACAAGAGUCCAGCUGCUCAUUCCUCAACCUUUCCAUUAAGUUGGCAUAUGAACCAGAUGUUGUGUUUGUGCUCUCCACACCUGUUCAGCUGAGCUUUCCCUCCACGAUGAAUGUUGUGAAAGAGCCGCUUGUCCUGAGCUCCAAAGAGGAAUCCAGUGCUUUUUUUAUUCUGUUCUUAAUCUUGUUGUGCUGCUUUUUAAAAUCUCUCCUUAAUCUACUGCAAGUCGCACUCAUCUUAUAGCUAAAAGACAGGAAGUUAAAAAGAUGGUUGCCUCAUGAUUGGACCUUUUUCUCACCCAUCCUCAAGUGAAAAACUGAGGGCUUAAAUUUAUUAGCGAACGUGUCAGAGGCUGCCAUCUUUGCUCACCCAGCCAUCACAGUUACAAUAUUCUCUUCCCUCCUUUGCUUCUGUUUUACUGAUGUGACAUUUGACCAGUCAGCUUGAUGUCUGAUAAAUUGAGAGCAUUUUUCAGAGUGCCUUUGUGGCCUUCUACCUCCCUAAAGAGCACAAAUAGUCUUUGCAACUGAAGAACUGUGCCUUGUUGACGCUAACCGUAAAAUGAUAUUUCAAUCAAGUCUAUUGAGGAAAAUGCCAUCAUAUGUGUAAGACAGGAAAAGGUUGAUGAAAAAAAGAAACCGGAGAAGAAAGGCUUAGGCUCAUGUAACAAGUUUUUGAAAAAAAUAAAUAUUACUGGAAAAUAAACAAACACAAAGAUGAAACCAGAGAUUUAUUUUUCUGCUGUGUUGUUUAGUGAGUCAGGAGAUAAACCUGUUUGAUAUUCUCUCAUAUUAGAGUCAGUGUGGAAGUCAAAAGGAAACAGUCAUUCACAUUUAAUCUGUGUAUUUGUUGGUUUAUGCACAUUUCUUCUUGAUCGAUCCAACGACACCUUGAUCGCUUAUUAAUUUUUUUGGUGACACUUUAUUUCACUGGUUUCCUCAGAAGAUUCUUCUAAAAAUAUGAACUAUAGGGAGACAAUAUCGUGAGACAUUCAGUUACUUAUGUUGAGUCUCUCUGCUGGAAAUUCUUGAAAAGAACUGCUAAAAUGUUGAGGACAAAAAAAUCUAAGGAGUUGAAUGGAUCAGUAUGUCAUGAUCAUUUUUAUCUAACUGUGGGACCUGUGGAAUAAAGUGUCACUAGAAUUGGUAUCACUUAUUAACUCAUUUUCUAUUCACUCAAAGGGACCUUUGGCCAUUUUAACAGAAGUUGUUUUUUCCCCAAAGUACAGUGUCUUAUUGAAGGGUGAUUGUCCUUUCAGCUCCAGAUUUUCUACAGAGGGUCACACAAGUUAAAUAAAAAGUAUGUGAUGUUACAGGUCAUCAGGGCAGACAGGGUGGAGCUCAUGCUGCUGAGCUUCAGGGUCCAACUGUGACCCUCAGAUUGUGUACUCACUUAAUAGUGACUUUGAAUAGAAAGUGGCACCAAAAAUGAUUAAAAAGUAACUUUAAAAUGUUUACCUUUUUCUGCUAAGCUAAAAGUAAAUAAAUGACAUCCAGAGCCAUCAGUUAGAGUAAACUCUGCACCUUUUCAACGCUUCCUCAGCAGGUUCUCUGCAUUAACAACCAGACGUCAACAGUCAAGUUACCGUCCACAGUGUCAGAUUUUAACACAGUGGCAUUGAUGCAGCUUCUGUCAAGCUAAAUUUGAACUGCUGUCAGUGUUGGCCGGCCACGCGUGGCUUCACCUUCUUCUUUCACUUUUUGUAUUUUUAUAUCAUGAAGCUGCCGUCCGGCUCACUCAGCAGGAGCAGGGAAGAGAUGGCAUGAAGUUAGUAGUGUUAGCUGAAAAAAAGGCCAAAGGCUGCUGGUGGAAGAAAUGUUCCAAGAAAAAGCAUUUUCACUUUGUGUAAGCUGGUACCUUAUAAUGUUUGCAAACCAGAAAAAUUUUCUUUUUCACUACGUGUGUUGAUGUUUGGAAAAGAGUCUUUGAUCCCUAUAAAGUUUGUCCUUUGUGGAUGUAAAGGGCCUUUUUUUAAGACACAGUCUGAGAGACAAAGAUGAGCUGAGUGCAGUAUUUCCUGUCUGCUUUACUUCCCCAGUGUUACCUUCUGAGAUAAAGAUAAAUAAAUAAAUAAAUGAAAAAAAUGUAAUGCUCUACUUUUCUCGCUAGUUUUGUCUCAGGCUGAACUUGCCAAUUGACGCAGCAGACUUCUAGCUGUGGUGUAAAUACUCCUGUUGAGUCUUGUCUCCUCGACUUCAUCCUCAACUUUUCUGUUAGUUUUCCGCUCACUCAAAGCUUCCUUUUUUUGCCCAAAUGUUAAAAAAACUUUUGAUUCCAACCAGGCAAAAUGAAUGUACUGCACAUCUUUCCUAAGAAUAUGGUUACAAGUAAAAAAAAAAAUCCCCCCAAAAAAUCAAAGAAAUGAUAAAACAUGAUGAAAUUAGAUGUUCCAAACUGGUCAGAAACAUCAUUUUAUUUUUCUUGCAUUAUCGAAGCUUUUGUUGAGGUCAUGUAAAAGCAUUGCCAAUGUUGUGUGCCUACAACACACUCAGUCAUUCCUCUAUUAUCGCCUUGUACAGUACACAAGCUGAGACGUGAUGUUGCAGAAAGGGAAGUGCAUAUUUUGUGUCUGUUGUUGCAGAAGAAGAGGCACAUUUGUUUUGUAAAAGCUGGGAAUCACUGAUAUUAUAAUUAUCAAGUUUGUCUCUGCUGGGUGUCUCUGUUUGUUUGUUUUUUUUCUGGACGGUCCUGACAGCGACCGAAAGAAGCGGAUUUAAAGGUGUUCUCCUAAAUAUUUUCUGUUUGUAUCUGUUUGAUGAGGAAAGACAUACUCAAUAUUACUUUUGGGUGAAUUUUCUCUCUCCGAGACUCCGAUCUAAUCGCCACAUUGCACAAGGUUUUUUUCUUUUUUUUGGUCGCUAUUUAUGUUACAUUAUUUUAGCAUGUCUUGGAAUGCCAUGUUCUUAGUACUUCUGACACUUUAUAGUGUAAUACAUUUUAUAAUAAAUUCUUUACCUUA